UGACCCAAGGCAAGCUCAUGGUUAAGGCUGCAUUAAACUGCAUUCCUGGCAUUCCAAAAUCUUGGCAUUGCACUCGACAACUGGAGUUUUACUGGGUUCCCUAACUCCAGUUUGCUGUUCCCUGGUAGGCUGCCUCCUGGACCAGCAAAGCAAAGUUAGAAAUCCACCCCCAGCCUCCAAAUAUGCAACUCGGCAGCAGCGGUGGCAAGAGAAAGUUUGGAGAACACAGGCUGGGAGUGAAUUUCUAGCUUUGCCCUGUUGAUUCAGGAGGCAGGCUACCAGAGUACAGCAAGCUGGAGUCAGUCCAGUGAAGCUACACACAUACAAAAUCUGAUUUGGGCUGCACUUGAAAGGUUUGCAGUAGUGGGUCUGACACUUCUGGAUUGAAGAGUUCAAUGUAUUUCAUCCCUCAAAGCAGCCACACCCCAAAGCAGCAGUUCUUCAGAGUGUACUGGAAGAAAUCUCCAAGUCCAAAGAAAAAACUACCUUUCUAGGAAAACCACGUGCCUCUCUUGCUAUGCCCUUCGAUGCUAAUAGCCCUCUCAAAAGGAAGCACAUGGCUGUGAGUAUCCAGAAGUGGAGUUGAUACCCACCGGGUACCGCCAUGCAUCAUCUGUUCAGACUGGUUUUGGGACAAAAGGACCUUUCCCGUGCUGGGGACCUCUUCUCCUUGAAUGACUCAGAGAUUGAAGAAAGCCUGUCAGAAGCUUUGGAACAAAUUAAAAUAAUUAGCUCAUCUUCAGACUAUUCAUCCAAUGGAAAUGACCAAGCUGUGGUUGAGAUCUGUAUCACUCGCAUCACAACAGCCAUCAGGGAGACUGAGUCCAUUGAGAAGCAUGGCAAGGCCCUCGUGGCUCUCUGGGAAUCCUGCUUGGAGCACAAUCUCAGACCUUCAGGAAAAGACGAGGAUACACCCCAUGCAAAAAUUGCUUCUGAUAUCAUGAGUUGUAUUUUGCAGAAUUACAAUCGACCCCCUGUAAUGGCGUUAGCGGUCCCAGUGGCAGUGAAAUUCCUCCAGAGGGGUAACAAGGAGCUCUGCAGAAAUAUGUCGAGUUACUUGUCCCUGGCUGCAAUCACCAAUCCAGAUCUCCUUGCUGAGCACACCGAUGCGAUAGUAAAGAGUAUCCUGCAAGGUAACUCCAUGCUGUUGCGUGUCUUGCCUUCUGUGUAUGAAAAGCAACCCCAGCCAAUCAACAGCCAUAUAAUGGAGCUGGUGACACUGAUGUGCCAGCUAGAGCCAACAGAACAACACCAUCUUCUCAGGCUGCUGCAGACAGUCGCGAGGAGGAAACAGCCCAUGGUGCUUCAGGAAUGCAUUCCUUUCUUAAUUGGACAUUUAAAGACCCCUACUCACAGUGACAUUAUCCUAAAUAUACUCAUAGAAAUAUCUAGCUACGAACCAGCAGCUUUGAAUCAUUUUCUUCCGACACUGAAGGAGAUUGGUACAAGCUUUCCCAGCCUGAUUGGACGAAUGGCAAGAAUCUACGGAGCUGUUGGGCAUGUGAAUGAAGAGAGUGCGAGGACCUGUCUGACUUACCUGGUGGAGCAGCUUGCUAACAUGGAUCACUCCUUUCACCACCUUCUCUUGUUGGAGAUUAAGAAUCUCACGGACACCUUCUCUGCCAUCCUGGGGACUCAAAGCAGAGAUAUCUACCGGAUGAGUAACAGUUUCACCGCCAUCGCCAAGCUUCUCGUUCGGCACCUGGACAGCGACAGUGCCCAAAGAAGGAGGAUGGAAAGUGAGCCUGAAAAGGAACCUUCAGAACCAUUGGAAGAUCUCAAAUCUACUACAAGUAAUGGAAAUGAAGAAGAUGAAAGGUUGCAAGUGAAGAUACAGGCUUUUGAAGAGAAAAUAAAUGGAGAGAACAGCCCUCCUGGUUCUGUUAGAAGAUAUAGUCUAAGCCAAGGUUCAAAGGAAGACAGAAAAGAUAUGAGAUUUAACAGGUCAAAAAGUUUAGCUUUGCAUGCAGUCCACCUAAACCACACAAAUUCAGAUGAUGAGCAAGAUGUUAAGAAUGGAGAUGUAAUGGCCAGCAUCUCUUUUUCAGAAAUAGAUGCACUUAGUCAAGAAAAUUACAAGUCAUCAUUUAAGGCAGAUACUGAAGAAUCUCAGCUGGAAAUCUCUGCAAUUUCACACCCAAGUGGUAAAUGGACAGAAUCCGAGAACUUGCCAGAAGCAGUUAAAGAGAAUGGCCAUGAAGAAACACCAGAGACUGCACAAAGUCAUGUGGAAUACCAGGAUAACCUCUAUUUGCACUUAAAGGAAAAUCUCAGCAAAGUGAAAGCAUAUGUCAUGGAAAUUAGGAGGAGCAUUCCAGUCCCAGAUCAGUGCACCAUUGAAGAUGCGGCUGGAAGUCGUGUAGCAAAGCUGGCCUUCAGCUGCACCUUGAAGGGUCAUUACUGCCUGUACAGUAAGUCCAGCUUUACCCUCAUCAGCCACCAGCCUCAGCUCUGGAUUCAUAUCAUGUUUCUGUUUCAGCAGUGCUCGUUUCUGGAGCCGCUGUCCACACAAAGCCUGCCGGUGCGAGCUCUCAGAUCCUUGUGGGAAAAGACACAGAUAAAAGGAACUCACAGUUUUGAAACUGCAAUGAUACAAUCUGCAUUUCCCCAUAAGAAGGACCUGGACCAGGUGCAGCAACAUCUGGAGGAAGUGAGAUUCUUCGAUUUGUUUGGCUUUAGUGAAGAAGCAGGCGCGUGGCAGUGUUUCAUGUGCAAUAAUCCGGAAAAGGCGACAGUUGUAAAUCAAGAUGGCCAACCUCUCAUGGAAGGAAAACUGAAAGAGAAGCAAGUUCGAUGGAAGUUCAUUAAAAGAUGGAAAACCCGUUAUUUUACCCUGGCUGGUAAUCAGCUUCUGUUUAGGAAAAGCAAGUCGAAAGAUGAUUCGGAUGACUGUCCCAUUGAAUUGAGCAAAGUCCAGAGUGUCAAAAUUGUGGCCAAGAGACGCAGGGACCGGAGUCUUCCCCGGGCCUUCGAGAUUUUUACUGACAGUAAGACCUACGUCUUCAAGGCCAAAGACGAGAAGAAUGCUGAGGAGUGGCUUCAGUGCAUUAACGUGGCAGUGGCUCAGGCCAAAGAAAGGGAGAGCAGAGAAGCCACCACCUACCUGUAGCCAACAUUGCAUGGGACCGCUCAUCACAUCUUCUUCCAAACAACCUGAAAGAGACAGCCUCACCCAUUCUUGCGGUUCAUUGCUAAAUACUGGAGGGGCUGUAGUUUAUAAGAAGCAGGUCCCCCAGUGGAUGGGCUGGAAUCUUUGACCAAGGCUGUUUAGUGACCACAAGGGAAAGGAAGGUUUUGAAAUAAACUCUUGGUGGGUAUGGGGGCAUGAAAUGGCAGUGAUGAGUGAUCCAAGGACCUUUUGGACAAUGUUGAAGUCUUAAGAAAAUAUGCCUAAAAUGGACUUCAGUUCAUUAUCAUCUAUUCAAUUCAGUAAACACAUAUUAAGUACCUACAACAUGCAAGGCACUGUUCUACACCCUGAGGAUGAUAAGAAUGAAAAACAACUCAACCUGUGUCCUCAAAUUUAUAGUCUAUGCGGGGAUGGCAUGGGGUGGGGGAGGGCGUGCAACAUGGACAUGGAUAUAAGUAAAACUCAGCUGGAAUCCUUGCUGCCCUUCAGAGCUUAGCUUAAGUGCCACCUCCCAUGAGAAGUUCUUUUCUGGUCUCUCCAGUCGUUAAGUGUGCUCCUCAGUGCCCCCUCCCUGAAAUUAUUUUGUCUUUACUUAGUUAUUAGUCUACACAGUUUAUAUUUACUUAUCUAUCUACAUGGUGGUUUCCCUCCCCCAUUAGAAGGUCAUUUCCUUGAGGACAGAGAU